AAGAAGAUAAGGUCAAGCACAAAAACAAAAAAAAGUCUCCAACACAACAUCAAAAGAUGUCCCCGCCAUAUAACAAAAAGAAAGUAGCACCAUUCUAAAAAACUAGAAACUACACGUUACAAUAUAAUCACUCCGCUAAAUCAUAUCACCAAUGUGUCUCAAUGCCCCUUAAAUUUAUUAAUGCAUCCUCUUCAGGUCUGUCCUUAAUCUCAAAAAAUUUCUCCAUGACUACCCGUUGGUCUCUGGGCAGACCAUUAAUUAUGGCAAAAGCAGCUUCAUGACUGGCACAAAACUCAACUCACUAGCUAUCACCAAGCUUGAGAUAUUAUUGUUGAUGCCUCACAAGUCCUUUCCUUUUACUUAUCUUGGGGUGCCUAUUGAUUUGGGGAUUACUAGGAAGAUUCACUGCUCCAAACUCAUCCAGUCCUUUGCUAAUAAAUUAAAUGGCUGGCUUCAGAAGAAUUUGGAUCAAGCUGGACGUUUGGUGCUCAUCAAGCAUGUUUUGAACAUUCUUCCUAACUAUUUCUUGGCAGUCAAUACCAUUCCCAAGGCCAUCUCUCAUUUGCUUGAACAGAAAAUGGCCAGAUUCUGGUGGGGUGGUGGUUACAGACAUCACUGGAUUAGUUUGGAGAAGCUCUGUUUCCCUAAGGAAAAGGGGGGUCUUGGCAUUAGAGAUCUCAAAAGCCUGGAGGACUCAUUCAGCCUUAAACUUUGGUGGAAAUUCCACCAAGACAAUGUUCUUUGGGCUAGGCUAAUGAGGUCCAAGUACUGGAGGGAGGGGGAUAUUUGGGAGGCCUUGACUGAUUUCCCAGUCUGGAAGAGGAUUUCUAGGAUUGAUGAGAUUGCUUCUAAUGCUUGUGCCGUCAAUGAGGAUGGAUCAAUGGUUUGGUCUCUUGAGGCAAAUGGUUAUUUUUCCCUCAAAUCUGCCUUUGAUUUUUGCAGGCCUUCUUCUCCUCCCAUUGUGGCCUCUUUCAAAUAUCUUUGGAUGAAACCACAGAAUCCUAAGGAAAUUGCAACAACAUCUAUGGAUUUCUUCGUAUGCAUCUCCCGGGUAUCAAUUGUUGGCAUAUCUGGAAAGGAACUUAAUGCUAUCAUUCAUGAAGGUAAAACUGAUUUCUCCUCAAGAACUCUCAUUGAUUCCAUAUCUAUGUUUGUGAGGCAAUGGUUGGCUGCUAAAAUUCCCAAAAAGCUUAAGGGUGCAGAUGCUUGGCUCACUGAGAAGAAGUUACUGCCUUUCUUCCCUAAGGCCCAUAAAAUUCGAGUUGUUAAGUGGUUAGCUCCUCCUAAGGGGCGCCUCAAGCUUAACAUUGAUGCAUCCUUCACCUCUGAGUCCAAACGUGGUGCAGCGAUUCUUCGAGAUGAUGAGGGCAGAUUUGUGCGUGCGUCUUCCUUUUCAGUCUUUGGUUCAUCCCCCUACCAAGCCGAACUAGACGCCUCCAUCAAAGCCUCUAACCAUUCUAGGCAAACAACAAAAAUGCCAGAAUCCUCCAAAAUGAGAGUAGAAAAUAGCAAAUCUAGCCAAAUGAUGAGCUGCUUGGUUGAAAUCCCUUUGCACAUAUUUAAGAGUGAAGUCCUUCCCAUUUGAGAUUUCCUUGAGAGUUUUGAGAAGAGGACUAAUGCAAGUCUUAUCCGAUUUCAAUGCAUUCUCAAUAGUCUUGCAAUCUGUGUGAACAAACAAAGGAGCAGAGAAUUUGUUCAUGGCCCAUUGAGAAGCUUUGACAACUGUUUCCAACUCCGCUGAGAAGAUGUCCGUUGAGUUCAGCUCAAUAGUAAGACCUGCUAAAAAUAAACCUUUCCCAUUUCGAAGAAUGGCUCCCCCCGCAGCUUUUCCAUUGAUAAUAGAAGAGUCCACAUGAAGACAAAUACUAUUGUUAGGAAAGGUCCAAGAGAUGUAAAUAGCAUUUACUUUCAGUGAUUUCAUGAAAAUGGGAGCGAGGCCCAACGUAAUUAAACAGUCAUCAUUUUGAGCUAAUUUUCCUCCUUCCAGGCUGCUGCUCCAGAGAUAAAUGUCAAAGGAGAUCCUUUGGAUAGUCUUGGCAGAAACUGGGAUCUCUCCUUCAUGAAUAUAGCUAUUAAAAGUUUUCCAAAUGUUCCAACAAAUGAAGCCUGGAAUAAUACCUAUAAGUUUUUGCUUGAGUGUUUUAUCAUUAGACCGAAACCACCAGUGGAAAAGUGAAGAUAGAACACCACUAGCCUGCAUAGGGGGGAUAUCUAAAAUAGAAGAAAAGUGGGUCCAGAUCGUUUUACUCCAGGGGCAGUCAAAAAAUGUAUGAAAUCCACUGAUGAUAUUGUGUUUACAAAAAGGGCACAUAGAAGGAAGGUGUAGAUUAAACCUUUUCAGAUUUUCAGGGAAUGGAAGGCAGUGAUUAAUGAGCUUCCAGAGAAACAUGGAGACUUUGCCGGGCUGUUUAGCUUGCUAAGUGUAAGUAGAGGACAUGCAGUGUGUUUCACCCUCUUGAAGUAACUCAAAAACCUUUUUAAUUUUAAACACUCCAUUGGAACACAUUACUUCCUGGACUUCAUCAUCAUUAAGGUGACUCCACCUUUGAUCAAUGGUAACUAGAGUCUUCCAUAUUGGUGAGUAUGCUUGAUAGACUCUCCCUUGCAGACCCUUAGGAUACCUUUUAAGUACAAAGUCCCUCCAAAGUGAAUCUCCAAAUUUAAGUUCCCACCACAACUUAGUGUUAAAGGCUAUUUGGAGCAGAUCCAGUCCUCUAAUGCCCAGACCACCAGCUUCUUUAGGUUUGCAAAGGAGGUCCCAAUUUUUCCAGUGGUAGGCUUUAUCCUUAUUUCCAGCCCAGAAGAACCUUGCAAGCAAAGAGUGAAUAUGAUGAAUGACUCCCUUAGGUAGAGUACUUGAUGACAGAUAAUGAAUUGGUAUGCAACUCAGAACAUGUUUUAUUAAAAUUAGUCUACCCAUGGAGCCAAGGUGUCUAUUGUACCAAACAUUGAUCUUAGACUCGAUAUGGGAGAUAAGCUCAGUACAAUGUGCUCUUCUAGUAAUCCCUUUAUGGAUCUUGCAACCCAGGUAAUUGAAGGGAAUGAUCCCCUUUUUUAUCCCAAGAAUCUGCUCCAUCCUUCUCCAUCUGUUAGUAGGAAUUUUCUUGGGAAUAUAAAACCUACUCUUGUCGAGGUUGAUUCUCUGUCCUGAGACUUUUUCAUAAUCAUUCAAAUAUUUCCUCAGUUUAAUUAAGUUAGGUAUGGCUGCAUUGGUAAAUAAAAGCAGGUCAUCGGCAUAAGAGAGGUGAUGGAUAUUCUGGAAAUUUCUUCCCAUUGUAUAUGGUUCUAGCCCUUUGACACAAUAUAAAUGAUUGAUACUC